AUGCGGGAUUUUGUGAAGAACUCCAUGCCACUCGACUUCUUCGCACACCACAACAAUAAUAGCCAGAUCGCCAGUAGCAUAUUCUCAGAAACCCACAAGGAUCUUGUCAACAGCGGCAACGAAUGGAUCUCCAGCACCUCCGAGUGCUGCUCUGUGGUGGCGGCACUGAUCGCCGCUGUGGCCUAUGCCACCGCCAGCACUGUCCCUGGCGGUAACAAUCAGGUACCAUAG